UUCAUUUCAUAAACAAACCCCGGCUUUCUCGUUCUGUUUUUACAAUUUUCCAUGAUUUACGCCUAAAAUGGAGUCAAAACGUACAAAAAUGGAAACUUCUUGUUUCGAUCUGUUACCUGUCGAGUUACAACAAAUCAUUUUCGGUCAUUGCCAUCCAAAACAACGACGAGAAAUUGCCCUCGUUUGCACAAAUUGGGCUGAAACCCUUCAAUCCUUCGCUGAAGACUAUCAACUACAUUUGCACGACUGCUAUUUGCAUCGAGACAUCGAACCGGUUUCACUUUUUUUCAAUUCUCGUCGAAAAUAUCGAUAUUUGAAACUGGGUGAGAACAUCACGAGUCACCAUCAGCUCCUAACAACUGCAUUCCUAAGUCAUUUGGGCGAAAAUGUUCAAUGUUUGGACGUUAGUCAGGCAAUGAAGUUAAUAAAUGCCUCGGAAUUCCAUUUAAUGUUUCCACAAUUGAGGAAAUUAACAAUACGAAAGUUGGGAGAUUUGUACGAAAAUUGUCCGGAAACGCUUGAACAUGUGCAUGUCCAACAGUUGUCGAUCAUGGAAAAAACGGAAGACAUGGAACGCUUACGAAAAAUCAAGAAUUUGAAAUUUCUUACAGCAGAACGAGUUCAAAUCAAAGGUGGUUUGGAUGCUCUUGUGCUGAUUGCUGCUCAAUUCGCUACCAUAAGUACAAAAAUUUUCUCUCUUGAUGAGAAAUUAAAGGAAUAUUUGGAAUCCGUGCAAAGUUUGGAGAACGUUUAUUUCAAAUGCACCACAAAUUUCAUCAAUAACCCGACAAUUCUGUUCGAGGAAGUGACUGAACUUUACUUCAAACGGCCACCAUCGAGUUACAACAAUUUGAAUCUCUUUCCAAAUCUGAAAGUUCUUCACAUUUUGUGGGAUCGCGACAUCGCAAGCCUCUCUUCUUGCUUUUUCAUGCACGAAAAAAUCAUUUGUCCCACAGUGGAAGAGCUCAAAAUGGAAAACAUCAAAGAACGAAACUGCAUGGCGUGUUUCCGUUUCAUGAUCGACUGUUUUCCGAAUCUAAAGUCUCUCUAUUUGCUCAACACCGUGUUCGGCAAUGACAAUUUCAAGCAUAUUUGCUUCAAAUUACCACAACUAAAAAAAUUGGAACUUGAAUCAAAUGAACUUGAACCCCUGAAUUUGGUGACCAAUGAUCAACCUGAGUAUCUUCUCAGCAACUUAACUCAAUUAGAAUCUCUUAGUUUGCCAUUAAUUGAUGUCACCUUCAUGCUGGCACAAUGGCCAAGAAUGGAAAAACUCAAAAAAGUCGUAUUUGGAUCGACGAUUCAAUUUCACCCAAAAUUUGCCAUAAACACCCCAAACUUGGAAUAUUUCGGAAUUUCGUACAAUGGCGGAACCGGAUUGAGACUUAGUACGACAAACAUGCCAAAUUUACGAGUUUUAAAAGCAAAUUGUGAUCUUUCAAUGGAAGAAUCUUGUCGAAGUAUCAUCGAAAAUUGUCAAAAACUGCAAAUUUUUGAGACGUGUACGCCAAAUGCAAAAUUUAUCCAUGAAUUGAACUUGUUUGAGAAAAUUUCGUCUUUGAGGAAGAUCGUGAACGAUGAACGGGAGUUCACUCGAAGAGAUUUUAUCAAUUUAGAGAAUUAUGUGAAGCGACAUUAUAUCGAAUAUGAGGAUUUGGGGGAGUAUAAGUCGAAAGUAGCGCCUUACACGUUGGAUGAGCUUUCUGAUCAAGAAGAUUCAGAUGAUAUUGGUAGAAGUUUUGCGUUUUAAAAUUGAUUUAAUAAACGAAAAACUUAUUUUUUGGUAAUUUA